GCCCCUCCUGCAUCAUCUGCCUCCCCGCGGCUGCACCGCCGCUGCUCCUGCCUCUGAUCCAGUUUCCCAGCAGGACCGGUCCCUGUCAGACUCCCUUCAUACAAACCCCAGCACGGACAGCUGCAGAGCCGACCAACAACCAUGGCUGCACGGGACACUGCCUCUCUGCUCGUCGGAUUCCUUGUCCUCUUUCACACCUGGGGAGUGUGGGCUAAUGUGGAGGUGAACAUGGAGGACAGAGUGGAGGUGUUCAGGGGAGAAACAGCUCACAUCACCUGCCUGUUUACAUCAUCUGACGGCGUCGGAGGCAUGGUCAUACAGUGGUUCUACGUGAAACCUCCGGGUGAGAAGCAGAAAAUCUACUACCAAGACACCACCAUGAAGGUUGUAGACCAAGGCACACAGUUCACAAAGCGGAUGAGUGUGAAUGGUACCGGAGCCACUGGAGAGAUAGUGCUGACUAUCAGCGACGUGCAGCCGGUAGACGAACUGGAAUUUAUCUGUCUCAUUAAAGGUCUAACAGAUGGGACUGGGGAGGGACGCACAAAGCUGAAGGUGUUCGAAACACCAGAACAUCCCACCAUUGAGGGUGUGCAAACAGGGAUCUCAGUCAAUGAAGACAGCCCAUCCAAGAUUGGGAUCUGCGAGGUCAAAAAUGGCUUCCCCAGGCCAAACAUCACUUGGUACCGAAACAACACGCCACUACGCGCUGAUCAGGAUGUGGUGAAGGUGGUGCCCAGCAUCACUACUGAAUCCACUAAGCUGGUCUCAGUUAGGAGCGAGCUGAGCAUGAAGGUCACAAAGGAGGACAAAGAUAAUCUGUUCUACUGCGAGAUCACCUACUUUGUUCCUGGAGGAACAAAGAUGACCGAGACCAACCGUAUUAAUAUCACUGUAUACUACCCCUCCACAGCUGUAAGUGUUUGGGUGGAGUCACCAAAAGGCAAAAUUAAGGAAGGAGACUCUAUCGAAAUUCGCUGCGAAGGCAAUGGGAAUAUGCCAUCGUCAAUUUUCAAAAUCAGUGAGAAAGAUGGUGACUCUGUGGAAGGCAAUACGUUGGUGAGGCAUAAUGUGACCCGUCUUCAGAGCGGAGUUUACGAAUGUACCUCUACUGACACUGACACCUUUGACGAGAUCUCUGGAAACACCACAGUGUUUGUCAACUACCUUGAUCCUGCUGUUGUGAUGCCUAAAGACACCGUUGUGGUGGCCCAGGGAGAGGACCUGACAGCAACCUGCAACGCCCUCUCUUCUCUCCAGACACGAACAGCCUGGAUUAAGAAUGGAGUGGAGAUUUCAGUGGGCCACAGUUUGAUCCUGAAGGACAAUACGUUUGAGACAGCAGGGACAUAUAUGUGCGUGGUGACUGUUCCUGAGAUCGAGGGAAUGGAAACCAACGGGACACUUACUGUUUAUGUCCAGGGUCCACCUGACAUCUUGGAGCUAGACAACACAGAGAUUGACGCGAGUUACGACGAAACAGUCAUCCUGAGCUGCAAUGUCAGAGGUUUCCCUGCUCCCAGUAUUGUCUGGACCACCUCUGAUGGAAAGAAUCUCGAGACAACAUCCCAAAUGAAGACCGAGGAGGGCGUUAGGAGUGUGGUCAGCGUCACGGUCACCACUGACAUCAUCGCUUUCUGCAAUGCCUCCAACGAGUUCGGCACUGACGCUGUGGCCUUCAACAUCACAGCCAUCAUACACACCACUACACCAGCUACCACCACUACAAUUUCCUCCGCCACAGCAGAAACACCACCAGAAAAAGUAAAACCACCAGGGGGCAGGGGUUUUAUCAUUGCAGUCAUCAUUAUCUGCAUGCUGCUGCUAGCCAUCUUGGGGAGUGUGCUCUACUUCCUCUACAAAAAGGGCAAGAUAUGUGGCCGGUCCGGCAAGCAAGACCUCACCAAAGAGAAGUCCAGCAAAGAUAACAUUGUGGUGGAGAUGAAAAGCGACAACACAGAGGAAGCUGUGCUCCUCGGGGUCAAUGGAGAAAAGCAACUUCCCAACGACCAGUGAAGAGCAGUAAGUACCUGGAUGUACAGAAGUGAAGUGGCGACUGCAGACACGGCAACAGCUGCUCCUGUUCUUCCCUCUGAGGCUCAGACUGGCCGAUGCCUUUAGUUAUGUCAUGGAAAAGCUCAGCCGUCCAUCAGUUAUCAUGAUGCAUGACUAAGGCUCAAAUUAUUCCAAUCUGUAGCUUUUGCUUACUGUCCUUCACAUCCAGCACAUUAUGUUAGAAUGAGCCUUAAUGAGAAAUGAUUUGAGCCCUCCAUGACAUAACUCAGCAAAUAAAUCUCCCACCUAUAAACCAAGGACAAUCCUUCGCCUAGAGUUCCCAUUACCACAAGCCUUGUAUACUGCUGAUUGUCCGUAGAACUAUAAUUGGAGCACAACAUUGAGCAGGGACUGUUUUUAUAUCCGACUACGCAUCACCUCAGGCAAAGUAAUCACUGAAGGGCAGCCUGAAACAGCUCUUUAUCAAGUGUACAUAUUAUAAUCUAUGUAUAUAUUUCUUUAUUUAAAAUAACUCAUUUGAAAAAAAAUGCCAAAAAAAAAAUGACCAGAUAGUGUUUUAUUUUGUUUGGGUGCUCUUUAUGGAGAACAAGAAGAGCUUAGGUAGAUGUCUUGUUUGUAUUUUGGAUAUUAUUUUGUCUUUUUCCUGUUAAGUCUGUACACUGAAGUCUUUGGGGAUGCAACGAUGCCUCUCCCUACAGCCAGUUACAGCCUCACCAAAGUUUUUCCUUUUAGCUCUGAAAAACAAAUGUUUAGGUCAUUCACAGUAGCUUUUCCUUCUCUACAGCUAAAAUUCUCGUCUUUACACUCCCCAGUUUGUAUAUAUUAAAGUGGCUAUUUGUAACUUUCAGUUUGUGUUAAUUCUAGCGGUAAAACGGUAAACUAAACGAGGUAACGUUAUCACUGUCACUGUGUCACGGGUCAAAGCAUUUAGAGUUUGUUGUAGCACAUAAAGUAAUAAUAACUUAGACAAGGGAAAAGAAAAUAGUUAGGAAACACAAACACUUAAUGAAAAUGAAUAAAAACUGAAGGAUGGAAGGGGGGGAUGUAAGUUAAUGUAGGCUACUGACGUACAACCACAUUGCGAAUUGUAAAGUUAUUUUAUGAAUGAAAUAGACAUAUUACAUACCUAAGAGCAAAUUCAGGGACGUAUUUGAAUCAUUUACAAUCCUGUAAUUGUCUUAAUCUGUUAAAAGGCCGACCGUGAUUGAAUCGGAUGUCCGCCUGUUGUCUGUCAUUUUCCCGUUUUAGCUUUUAGUUCUUUGUUUAAUUUCUGUUUUUUCUGUAAUGGUCCGGCCCCAGUAUCAGCCAUAACUACAACAGAUAACUUCUAAAAUAAAACGAAAAAUACAAUUUGGUCUAUAUUAAGAAAUCUCCUGCUACCUUUUACCUGGCUCAAUACUUACUAACACAGGCUUUUUGGGUGUUAUAGUGAAAUCUGUGACCCAUCACAAUGUGUCUAUACCUGCCGUAAAUCAUUUUGUGACUUCGCCAAAAAAUUUAACGGAGUAAAGGCAUUAAUAAAAACUACAUAAAAAUACUUUCUCGUUUGCUGUUACAAAGUCUUUUAUUGUUAUUAGAUGAAAAAUUGCACAGUUUCAGAAACAUUUAACAGUUACAUAUAGUCACUUUAAAGAAGAUUUACAAAACUGGAGAAUAAUCUGAUCAGCAUUUGACAUAGAAGGGUUAACUGUAUUUGUUGUACUCUUUACUUCAUGGUUUCUUUCAUUCACAGCCUAGUGAAGUUUUCUGUGCGUGUUUGAGUUGAAGCAAUGCCAACAGCCAAGUUAAAAAGAUGCCUUAGAAAUUCAAUCAAAACCUGUAAUUGUUUCUAUUUAAUGUUUAGUGCACUGAUUUCAUUGUUGUUAUUAUUCAUGCAGAUGAGUUUCUCCAAUGUGAAACAGUGGUUUUGUUUUACAAUGACUGUAUUUUUAGUUCUUUUGUAUGGAGGAAGGAUGAGGGUAGAACAGAUUUUUGGUCCAUGUCAAAUAUGGUUCACGGCAUGAAGUUGCUCUCCUCAUAAGGAAAAGAUACUUUUAUGUUAAAUGAAUGAAUUUAUUAAAUUAAGUAAUUAAUGUUUUGACUGAACUUGAAAUUAUCUGUUGGAUCCCAGAGAGACACAGAAUCCCCCUCAGAAUGCAUGAUGACUAACAGCAUGACUACUGAGGAGGGGGGAAUGACUGUGACUUCACGUAUGCAAACUAAGUUUGUAGACAAUCAACAAUCAAGAUGCACUGUGCUCAGUAAUGUGCAAGUAUCAUCCAUACUUACCCUUCCUACUCCCUGUUGUCUGUUUUGUUCUGCUGUUUUUAAGAACUACCACUGUUAAAUGGUUUUGGAUGUUUGAAUUCUGUAAAAUGCCUUUUUAAGGCCUUGAAGUUUGAAAUGUAAAAUGAAUGUCAUUAAUGACAUUCAAACCAAUUUACCAACAAAUUCAUUGUUUGUAGUUUUGGAAACUUAUACCAAAUAAAGUUUGACUGUUAAAAGAA